GAAGAUCACCCUGCAGCCUUACCCCACGAUGGCCGCGAUCCGCGAUCCGCGAUUACGUUCGUGACUGAAUAGUGACUUUCUUUCCAGUGCUCGGCACGUGUUGGCAGCGGUUUCCCGCGCAUACGAAUUUCGUCGCGUUUACUACCACCUGGCGGCCUGGCGGAACGCGAAACACGACGCACUGUGGGGAAGCGAUAUCAACAAAGCCAACAAAGGGACGAGUUUGUCGACGCCUAUUCACACUUCGCUGUUUCAUAGCCUUAUAUCGAAGGAUCGUCCAUCAGGAUCGUUUUACAAAAUAUCUGUGACAAUCGCAAACGCGCAACAUGUUCAGUCUAGGCGAGAUUGGCGAGCAGUUGAAGGACGUGAGCCGGAAAUCGGUCGGAGUUUCGUUCGCCGGUCAGUCGCUCGUAUUGGACACUGCGGAUGAUGCUCUCCAAGUGGUGGAAGCGAUUAAAGCAUGUCCGUGCUUGGAGUACUUGGAUUUGGAAGGAAACACGUUGGGAACGCCGGCUGCAGAGGCUAUAGCGGAGGCGUUGAAGGAGAAGGGGACUCCGUUGAAAAAGGCUCUAUGGAAGGACAUGUUCACUGGUCGUCUGAAAACAGAAAUCCCAAAAGCGUUGGAGCAUCUAGGAACGGCAUUGUGCACCGCUGGUAGCCAGCUAACCGAGCUCGACAUGAGCGACAAUGCUUUCGGCCCAAUCGGUAUUCAAGGGUUAGCAAAUCUGUUGGCGUCGAGUCCGUGCUAUACCCUUCAACAGUUGAAACUGAACAACAAUGGUCUCGGUAUAUCAGGUGGAAAGAUGUUGGCUAAAGCAUUGGAGAAGUGUCAUGAGAACAGUUCUAAAGAAGGCACGCCGCUCGCGUUGAAAGUUUUCAUCGUCGGCAGAAAUCGGCUGGAGAACGAGGGUGCACAAGCAUUGGCGUCCGUGUUUGAAAGGUUAAAGACAUUAGAGGAAGUUGUGAUGCAACAGAACGGCAUAUAUCACGUGGGCAUCGCGGCGAUUGCACAGGGUUUAUCUGUCAAUCCUAAUUUGCGGGUGUUAAAUUUGAAUGACAAUACGAUCGGACUGAAAGGAGCCAGAGCGCUCGCUAAAGCUUUACCGACUUUCCGGGGUCUGGAGGAACUGAACCUCGGUGAUUGUUUACUAAAGACUAAAGGGGCUUUAGUCCUAGCGGAGGCGUUAGAGAUUCACGGCAAUCAUACGUCCCUCAGAUAUCUGGACUUGAGUAAUAACGAGCUACGCGCGGAUGCUGGAAAUGCUCUCGCCAAAGCCAUGCAUGAUAAAACUCUUCUGACAAAUCUACAGCUGGACGGUAAUUGCUUUGGAACGGAAGGACGCGAGAACCUUCGACAAAUUCUCACAAAAUUGGGAAGAAUUGAUGCAUUGCAUUCUUUGGAUGAGGAUUAUACUGAGGACGAGGAGGAGGAAGAUGAUAAUGAGGAUGAACAGAGCGAAGAGAACGAAAGUGAUGAGGAUGAAGCAAGUGACAAAGAGGACAACAAGGAACAAGAUAAUAUUGCAGAAAGCCCGGUGGUAACAGUAGCGGACUUUUUGAAAUCGCCAACAGCUGAGAAACUGCUGCAACUGUUGCUGUUGCACCUGUUGCAAGAUGAUAAUGUGCAAGCUUUUAUCGACUAUGCAACGAAUUUGGCAAAUCAAAGUAACACAGCUACAGAACAGAAAUAUAUAGAGGAGCUUUUACGGAUAAUUAUGAAAGUAUCGGCAUUAUGCGGCAGUGGCUACAUGGAUGUGAGAAUGAAAGCAGAAUCCUUGUCAGAUGCUUUAUACGCAAAGCUGUUUUCUUAUGCCGUAGAGAAUAAUCAAAUCUCCAUUUUGAAUAAUGCAUUACUAGUUAAUCUUGGUUUAAUGAAAGGCGAGGACAAAGCCAGUAGGAAAAUUGACUGGAAUUUGGAAGGAUGUUUCAAGGCUUUGGAAAAAGUUACUCAGAGAGAUUAUUUCUUAGCGCAAACAAGGAGUAUGCUGAAAGUAUUUCUAGAGAAACCAAUGAAGACUAGUCGUGCAAAUGUAGUCGAUCCAUUCCAAGAUUCUAAAACUGCUCUUAAAACUGUUCUAGACAAUAUUCAAGUUACGUAAAAUUACCGGAAAUUAUCGGGGUAUGACAUAUAGUUAUUUAUUUUUAUACAUUGUAUGAAAAAUAGUGGAAAUUUCAUGUAAAAUUAGAACUAAG